AUGUCCAACAACCGUCCAUUCCUCGCCAACUUCCUGGCUGCCUUCCGCGCCCAGUCAACCUAUAAGCCUGCCCAGCAAGUCGGCGCCACAACCUCAACCCUUUCCUCCGCCCAGAUCUCCCAGAGUGCCCGCGCCAUCGCAACAAAAGCAGCCAACUCAGCCCAAGGCUCAUCAGCACCAUCAUCUGCUUCUGCCGCAGCCCACCAUAAUCACACUCACAACCACCAUAAUCACCACCACACCCACACAUCCUCAUCCGCCUCGACUACAGCACCAGCCGGCCAAGUCCAAGGCCCGAGUCCAUCCCCUUCACACCACUAUCACCACGACCAAUCAUCUCUCCCCUCCACACCACCAUCAUCCACCUCGACUCCCAUCCCGAUUAAUCGUGGCUCAGCAGACCGCCAGCGCCGCGGGAGUGAUUCUUCCAGUGGCUCGGGCGGGUUCCGCGAUGCCAUCGGUCCGGAGAAGUGGUAUAUUGGUGGGAGGACGCCCGCUGGCGAAGAGCGCUUCUAUCGACUCGGGAUGGUUACGAAGGGUGGGGGGCGGCUUGGCGGGAGUGGGCGGGUGGGGAGUAUCGAUCAGUUGAGUCUUUGA